AUGGAGAAUGCCAGUCAGCUCAAACCGACGCCUGUCAUCUACGGAGAGCUGUUGAACAUCUCCACCAACGACACCCAUGCCAAUUUCACGGCGAAAGCGGAGCCGAAGGACACUAACGUGGCUUUCCAGGCGGGUCUCGCCGUGACCUUAGCGCUCAUAACUUUGGCCACGACGCUUUCAAACGCGUUCGUCAUCGCCACGAUUUACCAGUCCCGAAAAUUACACACGCCGGCAAACUUUCUGAUCGCGUCCCUGGCGGUCACGGACCUCCUGGUGUCCAUUUUGGUGAUGCCCAUCAGCGCGCUGUACACGGUGAGCCAGACGUGGACGCUGGGGCAGGUGGUCUGUGACAUCUGGCUCUCCUCGGAUAUAACGUGCUGCACCGCGUCCAUUCUGCACCUGUGCGUAAUCGCGCUGGACCGCUACUGGGCUAUCACGGACGCGGUGGAGUACUCCAAGAAGCGCACCCCGGCGCGCGCAGCAGGGAUGAUCGCCACCGCCUGGGUGAUCGCCAUCUCCAUCUCCCUGCCGCCUUUCUUCUGGCGCCAGGUGAAGGCGGAGGAGGUGACGAGCUGCAACGUGAACACUGACCACAUUUUCUACACCAUCUACUCCACCUUCGGCGCGUUCUACAUCCCCACGCUGCUGCUCAUCGCCCUGUACGGGAGGAUUUACGUGGAAGCCCGAAAGCGCAUCCUGAAGCAGGCGCACAACAAGCCGGGGAAGAGACUCACCUCGGCGCACCUGAUCACCAUCCCCGGCUCGGUGGCGUCCACCACGUCCCUGAAUUACGGGACCAACGACUCCUCCUCCUGUGACACUACCUCGUCCGCGAACGUGAGCCAAGUCAAAGUCACUGUGUCCGACGCGCUGCUGGAGAAGAAGCGGAUCUCCGCCGCCAGGGAGAAGAAGGCGACCAAAACUUUGGGAAUAAUCCUCGGAGCCUACAUCAUAUGCUGGCUCCCGUUUUUCAUUUACACUCUUUUAGCUCUGUGCGAGUCCUGCUUCCACCCGGAGUUAUUUGACAUUUUCACCUGGCUCGGUUACCUCAACUCCUUAAUCAACCCCAUCAUUUACACCAUGUCCAACGAGGACUUCAAGCAGGCUUUCCACAAACUCAUUCGGUUCAGAUGCUUCAGGGCAUGA